AGUCACAUUGGCUCCAGGCGACGCAGCCCCUCCUUUUGUGUGAGGGCCGCCCGCCCGCAAGCCCCAACCUUGGAAGCCGGACAGGCGCCCGUGAGCUGCGUCGAGAGACCGGACCGGGCGACAUGGGCACCCGGCACUAUGUCGAGCAGCGCCUCGCGAAGCGCCGUGUGCAGGAGGCGAAAGACAUGGACCUCAGGAGGAAGAUCGCGGAGGGCAACGUGAUCCACGGCUGGAGCAAGAGCGACACGCGCGUGGAGGACCUCAGGCGCGCGCGCCUCGAGUGCGAGGAGAGGCGCGAGCUGUUCACUGACUACAGCUAUGCUAAGGCCGAGCAGGACAAGGCCCGGCAGGCGCAGAUGGCGCAGUUCGAGGAGCACCUCGCCGACGAGCUGGCCCGUCGCAAGGCGGAGCAGCAGCGCAAGGACAUGGACAGGAUGCGCAUCUGCGCCGCCAGCGAGGAGCUCCGCGGACUGAAGGAGAAACUCCACAUGGCCAAGGUGAACAAGGACCGCGCGCAGCAGCUGCUCGAGCAGGAGGUCCGCAAGCACAGGGACCGCUCGCAGGAGGAGAAGAUCGCGGAGGUGAUGGAGAAUCAGAGGCUGCAGCACCUGGAGCUCGAGCACAAACUCGAGAUGGAGAAGGCCAAACAGCGCGAGCGGGUGAAGACAAUCAACCAGCAGCAGAUCGCGACCAAGGAGGCGCUGCGCGAAGAGGCCCUUAUGGAGCACAUGAAGGAGCAGGCUCAGGUGCAGGAGUUGGUGAUGAAAAUCGCCCAGGAGGACCAGAAGGAGGCCAUGGUCAAGGAGCAGAAGAAGGUGCAGUCCCGCGUCCAGAUGCAGCAGUUCCAGGCCGAGGUGAAGCAGAAGCAGGCCAAUGCCAUCGCCCAGGAGAAGGCCGAAUUAGAGAGGAUCGAGGAGUUCGCGCGGAAGAAGCGCGAGUUCGAGGAGAAGGUGGAGGCCCAGAAGGCGGAGGCCGAGCGCGAGAAGGUCCGCAUCCUCAACAACAUGUUGGGUGUGAUGGAGGCCAAGAGCAAGGAGGCGGAGGAGCUCGAGCAGCUCCGCAAUGACAUGCACAUGGAGGAGCUGGAGGCCGCUUCGAGGCGUCGCGAGGAGGCGCAGAAGAUCAAGGCCGCCCAGGCCCGGAAGGAGAUGCACCACGCUUACGUGCAGCAGAUGGAUAUGAAGCAGACCAAGCUGCAGCGGCAGAAGGAGGAGGAGGACAAGAUCCGCGAGCAGCUCUUGAAAAAGUACGCCGAGGAUGACCGUAUCGAGCAGAUGAACGAGCAGAAGAAGCGCAUGAAGGUCCAGGAGCACAAGCGCGAGGCCGAGAGGAUAGUGCAGCUGAAGCGGGACGAGUUCGAAGCCGCCCGCCGUGCGGAAGCGGAGAACGAGGAGCGGAUGCGCGAGGAGGAGAAGAUGCGGCAGGCCAUCAUCGAGGAAGAGCGACGCCGGCUGAUCAAGGAGCACGGCGCCCAGCUGAAGUCCUUCCUUCCGAAGGGCACCCUCGAGAAGCCCGAGGACCUCGAUCUCUAGCCCAACAUGGGCCAGACCAGCCCCCUGAAAAGAGUCGACUCCUGAGCGCACCCCGCCCGUCCUUCGGGGUGUGCACGAGAGCCGCGGCAGCCCCCGCGCCCCCUCGCACCCUCUCCCGCCCCCUGGCCGCGGCCAGCCGGGGAGGGGGCCUUCGACAGGAGGGGCGGGAGGAAGGACGGAGAAAAGGAGGUGCAGGAGUGGUCUGCGAUUCUCUUGACCUUCCCUGGGACUCCUGCAACCUUGCCUGCCUUGCGCCAGCCGCACGGUCGCGAAGCGACAGCACGAGCACACAUUGGAGCUGCGGCCCGACGAGUCUCCUCCUCC